AUGGCUAGUACACAACCAAAGGAUACGUAUAAAGAAAAUGUCAUCAAUUAUAUGAGUGAACGCGAAAAUACGCGUCCCAUAUCACUUUUGGAAUUGCAAAAUCAAUUUGGAGAAGAAUGCCGCGCUGUUUUACAAGAGCUUAUUGCAGACAACAUAAUAAUGGAACGGAAGUUCGAUAUUUGCGAUUCAAUCUCGGACACAAUAACAUUAUAUUUUUUCAAAACUUUGAAGCGUCCGGAAAUUACCGUCAAUUCACCAUUAACACGUAAGCGGAAAUUAUCGCAAGAAACAAGCACCCAUCCCGAAUCCAACAUAAUUUCCGAAAAAGAAACUCUGACAAAUAAGAUCCACUCACUUCAAGCACAAUUGGAUAAAUUGCGUCAGGAAGAGGCAUCUUUAAAAGAUCAAUUAAAGGGUGAUGUAGAUAUUAAAAAGACAUUGGACGAUCAUUACAACCGUUUGCAUGAAUAUAAUGGUAUCAAAGAUAUUGGUCAAAUGUUAUUCGGAAAGUGUGCUGAAAUCGAAGGCACAACGACGAAAGAAAUGUACAGGCGAUUUGGAGUUGGAUUCGAUGAUUGA